AUGCCAAUGAGCAUCAGUAACAUUGCCUUGAUUGCAUUAGACCGGUACAUAGCAAUCAAACAUCCUCUGAAAGCCAGAGUAAUUAGGUCUCCAGAGAAGGCAGCUAUUAUCCGGCUGGCUCAAUAUGCACUGGGAAGGUUUGGAACAGAUUGCAAGAUGCACCAAACUAUUGUCAAAGCCACCCAGGAAACUUUGUUCCUGACAAAUCUCAACUGCUGCUUGGAUGCAAUCUGCCAUUAUUUGGUGGCCAAGGAGUUCCAGGAAGCUGCCUCUGCUUUAGCCUAUGCUCCAAGGAGCCUGAGUCACUCAAGGCAUGCUACUUUGGGUCUGAGGAUACGUUGGAAGACUAUUACCACCCAUGCCAGUGAUGAUUCUGGUUUAUUAAAUACACUGGAUGGAUGUGUUCACAAUAUCUAUGCUUAUAGCUAG